GCCGCUCGACCUCGCUGUAUAAAACUCAUGGUCACUGCGAUCCGUUCACGUCUGUUUCGAUCAGCUCCAGCAUUCUGUAACUUUUGAGGCCAUUCCGACAUCGAUCGCUGUGCUUGACAUACUCUCGAUUUCUGUCAAGACGCUGAAUCUGCUGCUUAUCAGGAUUUGUGAAAUUGUGGACUUAAGUGUACUUCAAGGUCUGGAUUGGAUGGCAUUGCGCGCUGUUCAUCGCAUGGCUUCAAGCACGGCUAAGUCCGGGUUGUGUACCUUCAUGGAUGCGUUCACGGGGACUAGAUGCCCGCCGUCGAUUGCUGUGUCAUGCCGACCGCCAUGGUCUGGUGUUCGCCGGUUGGCUGUCGUUAGCAGUGCUCAACAAGAUAAUGUCAGUGAGAAUUCAGAUGUGUCGCAGACACAGAUGCAGAAGCAAAAUGAGGGAUCAAGACCACCUGUUUCUAGGAGAUCAACGGGGUUAAGAAGAGGCGACUCUCUAAGAGAUCUGGCUUCUUCAUUUUUUGAUAUCUGGGAUCCUUUUGUUGGUGACAGGAGCUUGAGGCAGAUGCUGAACACCGUGGAACGUCUCUUUGCGGAUCCUAUCUUCGGCAGCCCCUCUCCAGCCACUGCAUUGGACCUCCGCACACCUUGGGAUGUGAAAGAGGAUGAUGACGCUUACAAACUUCGGUUUGACAUGCCAGGCCUCAGCAAGGAAGAGGUGAAAGUUUCAGUAGAAGAUGGUGAUCUUGUUAUCAAGGGGGAGCACAAUGCAGAGGAACAGAAGGAAGAGAAUUGGUCUUCCCGCAGCUAUGGCAGUUAUAAUACGCGCAUGGCUUUGCCUGAGAACGCUUUGUUUGAGAACAUCAAAGCAGAGCUUAAGAAUGGAGUUCUAUACGUCGUUGUGCCCAAGUCCAAGGAAGAUCCCCAGAAAAAAGUUAUUGAUAUCAACGUGCAGUAAUUUUUCCAACACAUGAAAACCCUGCAUACUUUUCCCCAUUACUGACGUCUGUGAAUACACGAGAAAACUCUUGUCGUAAUAUAAAGCACUCUAUGCAUGCUUACAUAUUGACGCAUGCAAUCAGAAGUAAAACUUAGGCACCCAGUUUUGUAGUAACGACAGAAAAAUGAGAAUCCAAUACAAUGUAAAGUGCACUUGCAAUUAUAAGUUUAAUAAAGAUCUACGAAAAUUUACAGUA